AUGAAUUCGAAUUUUGUCACGGAGAUUCUAUGCAGCGUCUCAUUUCUUGUUUACUUGACUGCUGCAGCAUCUUGCAGCUUUGAGCAAUCUCAUCGAGUCAGUCAUCGAAGAGCGGCUAUCAGUCAGUCUGAGCAUGGAGGAGGCAUCAGGCUGAGAGGAGGAGAGGAUGGGAAGUCGGAGACGAUUGUGGUGCCGACAGACUGCAAAGGAGUCGCAGAAGCCGUGAAGUUGGCAUGUGGGCAGCUCAAGAGAUACGUCACCAUGCCCUCGGAGAUGGAGCGAGAAGCAGGCAAGAUUCUCGACCCGGACAUCAACAACUACGGCGAAGCCGUCCUCCCCGAGACUUACGAGUGGACCCCAGCGAGUGGGCAGAAGAUCCGCGCGUUGAUCAUUCGAUCCCACCUGGACUUCCGUGGCGAAGAUGGAGUGUGUUGUAUGUGGUCAGCUCUGCUGGUUGAGGCGUUGAGGCUGAUGCAGCACAUGCCGGGAGUGGGGGGAGGACUGACGCUCAACAUUGGGGACGAAUGUGAGAGUGAUUUGUGCGUUAGAGUAUUUCCUGGGCCCUUGACGGGAGUGCUGGCGGCUAGCGGAAAUUCAAGAGUCAGUCUGCUUGAUUGCAUCUUGUUACCUGUCGAGCUUACAAACAUCGGCACUCAUGGGUAUGGAAUGUUCGCUUGGGGUCAGAGCGUUGUGAAGUUUGUCGGGUGCGAGGUCCAAGACUUUCAGGUGGGAGCUGACGUCUCAUUCAACGCCUCCGUUGUUUUCGAAAGCUGUGACGUGUCUCACAACCGCUUCGCCAUCUACCUCCAUGACGAGGCUCACGUCAGCAUGUCCAACUGCACAUUGACGCAGAACCACAAGAGCGCUUUUUGUGUGGGUCACCAUGGCAAAGAUCGAGCAUCGCUAGCGCUCAGAAAUGUCUCGCUGCUGGGCAACAAGCUGUGGAGUGACGAUGACCGACCGAAGACGCUCGUCGAGGAGAAUGUUGUGAUUGACCUGGAGAACUUCUCUUUGCCUGUCGUCUACCGGGACACCAACUUCACCAUCGCUCAUGUGGAUCAAACGUUCGAUGAAGAGAGCGAAGCCGAACGAGCAUUCCUACACGAGUACAUGACCAACUGCUCUCGAACAGCGAUGGAGAUGAAGAUGAAGAUGAAGAUGAAGAUGACGAUGGUGGUGGUGAUGAUGAUGACGACAACUACGAUGCCAGCAAGACUUUCCUCCUCCUCCUCUUCAUCUCUUUUAGAAGAUCCCACCCGAUCUUUUCUUCAGCCCCCGUCAACUUCCGCUGCAAAUUGUCUCUAUGACCCUGGGCAUCAAGGUUCUGACUCCCAUCACUUGGCUGUCUCAGCUGCUGCAUGUCCCUGCCCGUCAUCGUCUGACAUCUCAGCAUCUUUCAAGCUCUCCUCAGACACUGCAGAGGUUGGCUGGAACACCAAUAAGGAGGCCUCAGUCGGUGACCGGGUGCUGAUCGCAAUCAACUUUGAGGGUCGAGGACGAGAUGAUGUGUACAUGCUGCAGCUGCAGCUACGACGAGCUCUUGACGUCCUAGUCAUGAAAGAGUACCUGACGUCUCCAGAGACGUUCUCAUCGCACGCCAGAUGCUUGUCCUUCACCUACGAGCAUGCGCUGCCUGGUGCGCACCUGGUGAGCGUCAUGCUGUUCUCCUCUGACAAGAGCGAAUCGAAACCAGAGCUACUCUUCUCCUCUCAUCAUAACUUUCAAGUCAAGACAGAUGCUCGUGUAUCGCCGCCGCAUAAUCUCAGCACUGGCUCACCAGCCUCUCUUUUGCUCAAUACCGUCAAACUAAACGGGCAAGAGGUCGAGAUCCCCUUGUAUCUUUGCGGUGUUCUGCGAGGAACAUGCCUGGUCUUGGUUGCUGUGACAGAGACAGAGACUCUUGAAGUGUCCAACAAAGUUCUGCUGCUUGACCUGGACUGCAAACAAGGUCCCUUCAAUGUUUCACUUGCUAUUCCCUCGGGGAAGGAAUAUUCUCUGUUCGUUGCUCUUACAGAGCUCAAGGACGACUUGCCUGCAAGCCUCAAACCAGCUCUACAACUUCGAAAGUUUUUCAACUUUAACAGGUGCGUCAUGAACGAGUGCUCCCUUGCCGACCACAUGUCACCACCCUCUUCCGAACUUCAUACUCCGGCUCUUCCUCCUACCCCAGCCGCCAACUCGGUGGCCCCUCACCCGGAGGACCUCUUGUGCUCUAUACACCUUUCAUUUUUCCCAGGCGAGACAGUACACGCGCUAGAAACUUUCACUGUGCAAGUCAACAUGGCUGGCUUGGCCAAAGGAAGCAGAUACAAGAUCGUUUUGUUCAUAACUCUCAAGGAGACCGGGCUGGUGAUGUUCGAGAAGACCGAGGUCUUCCAUGGCGAUGCAUUGCAGUUCAUCAAGCAUGACAUCUCCUCCUUCUGGCCUGGAGAGUUCGUAGUGCAUGCAAUGCUGUUUGACGAUCACUCACAAAUCGAAGGUGAGGACACGAUUUUGGCGAAGCUGACGAGGAAAAUAGUGUCUGUUGCCUCCUGUCAGGUUUCUUACCUGUGGUCUUCCUCUGGUAGUCCUCUCUUCAACGGCUCCUUGCCCUACAAGGAUGCUCCUUUCUCUGCCCCCGCUGCAAGCUCAACAUCGCUUUCCGAUAAGGAGCUGCCUGUCACUCUCGUGACUGUCGCUACGGUGGAUCGCGCGGUCGUGCUGGUCAAUGUAGCAGCUCACUGGAAGGAGGACAUGGCGGUUGCCUUCUACGCGCGAUCUCAGUCAGACGAGCAGCAGAUCAGGCGCUUCGUGAGAGACUCACUCGGCCCGUGGUUCUCUUCUCGCGGCAGGCAACUGGAGAUCGUAAUGCUCACUCUUUGUCCUGAUGCUGACGCGGAAGCUCGUUUCGCUGUCUUUCCGAUCAACAUGCUCCGAAAGAUUUCAUGUGCCAUAGCAAAGAGCGACCUCGUCUUGUACAGCGACGUUGACAUGAUCCCGUCAGACUCCCUUGCGCAUCAGAUUCGACUUCUCUAUCAAACUUCGACUGUCACGUCCCAGCAGCUGCUGGUCGUGCCAUCCUUCAAGAGCAAUGGUGCCUGGCCUCCUUACGCGCAUGUCGAGCUGCACAACAAGUCGCUGCUCGUGAGGACUCAUGCCGUCACCUUCCUUGACCUCGUCACGAGCUUCGACGCCUGUCAGGUCAACAUUCCUGCAAUGCCUUGCGGCCUCUGGUCGCCCUCCCACCGGUGGACAGAAGCUGGAGUCUACCAUGCUCCGACCGAGUACAGCAGGUGGUUCAACACCAGCGUCGCGUACGAGGUCGACUACAUCACAGGCUACGAGCCUUAUGUGGUCGUCAACCGCAGCUCGUGGAUGGGCAGGCAUGGGGCUGGAAUGUAUGAUGACGGCUACAUCAGUUGGGGCUGGGACAAGUCCUCCCUUACUCUGGAGGCUGCGCUGCUCGGCUACUCCUUCCUCGUCCUUCCCAUGGGUUUCCUCGUGCACGCCUCCUCUCAGAUCAAGCAGAGACAACUCAACGUCCGCCUCUUCGCCAUGGGGCAACAAAUGUAUCCGGGCUGGGGCCCACCAGACACUCGAGGAAGGCAGCGGUUCCAUGCGAUGCUGUUCUCCAAUCAAGUUGACCCGCAGCCCAACGUCGCUAUCCGCUCCUACCUCGUGCCAGCCUUCAAGGCCGACGGCUGCAGCAUGGCAGGGCUGCGCUUGGUGCCAGCUGACCGCGUGGAGGUGUCAAAAGAAGGGCACGUGCUGCGAGUCACAGCUCAAGGGCUGUGCGAGGGCGUCGGGUAUCAAAUCUAUGUGAGCGUGCUGCAAGCGAGCGAUCGGAUGCCCUUGCAUAAGCUCUUCUCUCAACACACUCUCCUCCCGCGUCAGUUUGCGGGCAGCAGCCAUGAGACCCAGCUGAAGCUCGGUAGGCUCCCAGCGGGAAAGGUCGUGCUAAAGCUCGAGCUUCAAGACCUGCAGGCUUCCAAAGUGCUCGAGAGAAGCGGGCGAGCAACAAUCGACUGGACGGAAAGGAAGUAUGAGAUAGGCAAACUCGACGCCUCCUGA